AUGUCUUCAAUUCAUUACAAAUUUAAAGCCGCUCUUGAAUAUAAAACACUCGUUUUUGAGGGUCUCCAUAUUUCUGUUAAUGAUUUAAAGAAGGAAAUAUGCGAAAAAGAACAUAUAAAGGCAGAGUCUUUUGACCUUGUUUUGUACAAUGCUUACACGAAUCAACCAUACAGGGAAGUCAUACCCCGGAAUUCGUCAGUUGUAGUGCAAAGGACUCCCAGAGACAAUGCAGCUAAACUGCCGAAAGUACAUGACACAAGUAACUCCGGCGUUGUUAGCAAACCAGUAGGAACAGAACCUGCAUUUGUUCCACAUAUUGACUCAGUAGGAUUUGCUGUAGAAAAGUUUGACAAAAUGACGGAAGAAGAGCGUUUGACUCAUGUUAAAGAAGUGUCGACGUAUAAAUAUUUGCCUUCUAAUUUUCAAAAGAAGACUUCAUCAAUUUUGUCUGGCCCGCCACCACCGACUUACAUAUGUAAUCGUUGUUCGCAAGCAGGACAUUGGUACAAGAACUGCCCAAUGGUAAAUGAUAUGCUUAAUUUCAGUUAUUGCAUUAACGCAACUUUUAAAGACCACGGUGUCGGCUACAGUACAACUAAGUUGCAUGAGACAAUGGAGUCAGGGUAUUUAGGUGGUACGAGAGGAAUAAAGGUGACUGAGGAUCCUGAAGAGUUAAAUACGAAGCGGACUACCGGAUUGACUAUGGAUGAAUUGACUGACACUACUCCGGAUGACCCAUUGGCAAUGUUGCACCCGUCUGGUCGUUUUGUAGUCCCCAUUAUGCAUGUAAAAGCAAGGCAGCAAAAGAAAAUCGAAACGGCAGCUACUUCGGAACCGGAUGCCAGAGAAAUACCCGCUGACUUGAAAUGUCCUUUAUGUUCCCAAUUGCUACGUGAAGCUGUCCUUGCAACUUGUUGCGGCGAUAGCUUUUGUGCAGAGUGCGUUCAGCAGCGGCUUUUAGAGUCUUCUAAUGCUAAAUGCCCUGGCAAUAAUUGCUUCCAGUCUUCGAUAUCAGCUGACAAAUUAAUUCCGAAUAUCAAGUUGCGGCGUAUGGUGGAAAAUUUUAAGAAUGCAGUAGUGACAACGCAUACACUUACUCCCAGUGUUAGCAAGUCUAACGUAUCUAGCGUAGAUAACUCAGCACACGUCAAAACAACUACAGAGGAUUUUGUACCAUCGCAGCCUGUUCCAAGAGUACGCAUAGGUUUAAGUAAUAGAACCACUGGUAGUACUUCAGCAGUUGUUACUUCAAUUCAGCAGACAGCUACGCAGGUGCAACAACCGCCUCAACAGCCAGCUGCUGUACAAGUUACUACUAGUCAGCCGGUGAUACCGUUUACCACGAAUACGGUAGAGAGUAAUCCGCUGCUUCCAGUGGUGCCUACCUCAGUUGCUUCCCAGCAACCUUCAACAUCGAUCAUUUCUACCCCACCUCAGCAAAUUCUUGAAGCUAGCAUUGCAACACCUGUCAUUUCUGCCCAGGUCAACACAAAUAUCAUGCCACCGGUCAAUCCUGUGCUUCCUGUCAGCUUUCACCAACCUCCUCCGGGCUAUGCUCCACUGAUGCAUACAGCGAGUGGAAUUUUAGGAGACCCGAGUAUUGCUCCGCCCGGGACUUGUGGCGCCCAAUCUGGAAGUUUGAUAAAUCGCAUAGCAGCUUCGUCUGUUCUUAUUCCAGCAGGUUUACAGCCUCCGCCUCCAGGUAUUUCAACGCCUACAGUUUUUUCAUCUGUAUCUGCACCUCUUGUUGUGAAAGAUGCUUGGGACGAAUUCCUAGAAAGGAAGGAGAAGGAUCGUCAAAGAGCUAUUGGUAUGCCUCGCACAAGGCGCUCUCCUCGAAGUUCUUCCUAUUCUUCAAGUGUAAGUUCGUCUACUGACACUUCUGACUCACGUUCACGUUCGCGCUCACGAACACGCACACGUUCACGUUCACGAACGCGUUCAAGAUCGUGGUCACGUGAAAGGAGUACAAGAGAUCGUCGACGUUCAAGUAGAGAAAGGAGGUCGUAUCGGCGCAGAGGCAGUUCUCGGUCUCCUCGAGGUUCGUAUUCCAGUUCACGUUACCACAGAGACCCUAGCUCUAAUUUUGUCUUUUACCAACAUCCUUCAUCAACCACAAACGCAUCAGCAACGGCAAACUUUCAACAGCACCGUGCUUUGUCUUCAUCUUCCAAUUAUUCAUCAGCUGCCGGCGUCUCAAACCCUCUUACCGGGUAUUCUACUUAUUCUGGCAAUUCUGAGUACCGUGGAUCAAGGAAUCAUGACGAUCGAAAUCAUCGCCGUUCACCGCGCAGUUCGUUAUCUGAUUACCGCCCUUCGAAAAGAAGAAGUUCAAGUAGAGAUAAAGAGUCUGAAAGGAAGGAACGGUGCGAUGAUUCCAGAAGGCGAAGUGAUAGCAAAAAACAGCGUCACGUUGAUAGCGAGAAGCUGCAGUCAGGAAGGAAACGGUCCAAGUCUAGAAAAAAGGACGAUAAAGAUGCAGUUAGGCAGAAGGAAGCAGCUUCUUAUAAAGGAAAACCAAACAACAGAACUGAAACAAAGUCAGAUUUGACCGACUCGGAAGAGUUAGAGAAAGAGAAGUUGGAGAUUGAGAAAUUGCAAAUGAACGGUUCUGGAAUUAAUGCACCAGAGCAGCCGUUGCUGGACGAAACCCGUUUAGAAAACUUAGAGGAUUUAGCGCUAGAAGUUAAGAAGGACUUUAAGAAUUCAGAAGGAUGUGAAAAUCCUUUGGUGGCGGAGAUCAAGGUUAUCGAGACGGAGAGAGGAGAAAGUGUCCAGGAGAAUGAAAUGCAAAAAGUAGAAAUAGAUGAGGCGGGGAAGAUGACUUUGGAUGUAACCGAAAGGGAAGAUUAUGGCACUGAUAGAUUAGAUGAACAAACAAUAGCAGUGCAGGGAAUUCAGUCUCCUGAAACUGUAGUUGAGGAAUCGAGAAGACAAACGGAUAGAGAAAUUUGUGGAACGAGUGAAGAGAGAGAGAGGGAGGAGAAGAAACGAAAGAAAAAGAAGAGGAAAAAGCACAAAAGGGAAGGGAAAGGAGACGAGAAAACGGAAAGGAGAAAGCGUCACAGACAUUCUCAAGAUGAUAGUGAUCAUGAGAAACAGAAGAAAAGUCGCAAGCAUAAGAAGUCGAAAGAGGAGAGGGAAAAGCGAAAGGUAGAAAAGGAAAAAAGGAAAGAGGAAAAGAGAAGACGUAAGCGUAUGGAGUCAUACGACAGUGAAGAAAAAGCCAGGAUAGAAGCUAUUACGGAGGAAAAGGUUGCUCUUACUAAGGAAGUUGUUUCGAAAAUCUCUACGGACGAGGCUAUUAGAAGCGUUACAGAUGAAGAUAAAGGAGUAAUUGAUUUACCCGACCUACCAGUUCGUUACAGGAAGGCAAGUGAUGGGUCGGAGAAAAAUCGGAACCAAAGCCGUGAUUCACGUGAUAGUGCGAAGUCACGGAGAAAACACAGACACGGAGAAAAACGAAAAAGUCGUUCGACUGAAAGGAAAGUUGAUGAAGACAAAAGAGGCAAGCGAGCAAAACGCGACGACUUUGUUGAAGAAGGGGAUAAAAGUCGGAAGUUAAAUGUUACAACAAGUGAGAAAAAGAUGGAAAAAAUUAGAGUUUCUCAUUUGUCUCGCGAAGAGAAGAUGAAGGAUGAGGAAUACUCUGUUAACGAAAAACUGAGGGGUGAGAAGCGACCCUGCAAGUACGAAAAGUCACAUCCUUCCCAUAGGGAUAAUAGAAAAAGAGGUGACGAUCGAGACUCCAAAGAUGUAGAAAAAAUGAGGACAAAGGAAGAUCGUGAGAAAGAACGAAGUCCAAAGUUGUCAUCGAGAACAGCGAAGGAGGAGAGGCGAGGUGAAAAACGAAAAUCAGAGGUUGAUCGUGACGACGCCAAGAAGCCACACCAGCGUGAUGUAAAAGCGGAGCGUACAGAAGUUGGAUUACCAAACGACAUUACGCAGCAGAAAUUCAGACAGCGGUAUUCUGGUGGGAUUUCUCUAAAUGACGGUGAAAGAAAUAAGACAAAUAGUUCUUUGGCUGAGAAAGUGAAGUCUACUUCGUCAAAGGACAUUGGCGGAGAGUCGUCCAGCAUCAAUAAAGAAGCGUUUCCUGGAAGAGGUUAUGAUGAAGACAGAAAAAGAACGGAGGUUACAGAUUUAAAAGCUGAUUCUCGGCUAACAGAAACGCAAAAGGAUAUGCCGAACUUAACCGUUGAGGUGAAAGUUGGUGGAGAGAAGAAGGUGACACGUGAAAACAUUUUUGAAAACGCUGGACCAACUUUCAAUGCGCGUCAGAAAAUUAAAAUGAUUUUACUUUCCGAGAGUCAGCGUUUCGCCGCAGAUAAAGCUAGAAAAAGAGGACCAAAGUUGAAUUCAUAG